AUGUCAGAAUACGAAGUCGAUGACGACUAUGAUAGAGAGAUUCAAAAUGAUGAUACAAAUUUAAUGGAUCUGAAUUUAGAUUUCAUACUAAAUUUGUCAGAGAUGAAUUUGAUUCGACCUGAAGAUUUAGACAAAAUUGGCGAAUGCUCCAUUAAAGAUAAAAAUUUAAGAGCCAUUAAACAUCAUUUAUUAACGGAAGGAUUGGUAGAACAACAAUAUGAAAAUAUGAAAAAUCUUCUUAAAGUAACAUCGCAUUCUUUAGCAAUUAUUUUAUUGCCAACUAAAAAAAAUUAUACUAGGGUUUAUGAGAAUUUUGUUAUAACUAGUAGAGAAUUAGAUAGUUAUAUAUCAGUAAUAUCAUACAAGAGUUUCAUUCAACUUUGGAAGAGUCUUACACCACAUGUUAAAUUUAUGACAUCUGUGAU